CUUUGCCUUGAUCCACUCCGACUUUGGUGCAUCCAGAUGAGGAAGCUGUGUUUAAAUUUUCCUGUGGUGAUUUUCUCAGAUGCCUUUUUGAGACAUUCCGUUCUGUGGAUGACGCGCCUUGGCCAUUGUGGUUCAAAGUUGCCGUGAAAGCGGCAUCUCAGCUCUGGUACUGACUUCAACCGGCAUCCUACCGUUACCAUACACAUUACGGUCAUCAUUGGAGGGUAGGAGGGGUAGGGCGAGCUGCGCCUGCAUGUGUAAUAAGGUGGAGUACGGCCUGAGCUCCGAAUCCAGAUCUCAACACGAGAGCGUUCAUGCCUCUCUCAACAGUCGCCAGAUCUUUGCCUAGAGCAAGGUUUUUAUCUGCAGCUUCGUCCCUAAACAGAGCUUUCUGUGUGCACCAGCUCUCCCCGGCCACUGUUCUUACUCUCCAGGCCGGCAAUUCCAGGCACAUCUCAUCGCUGCCGGCAAAGUCCACAACAAGAGCCCGCAGAAGCCCAGUCCGCUCAGCAGCAGCCGCAGCACUUAGCGGGUUGCGCCGUCCCUGUUCCCACGCAUCCUUCCGGCACAAGUUGGCAACCAUGACGGAUCGAGAUAUCCUCCCGGACAACUUCAGGCCGGUCCACUAUGACCUGGUGAUCCGGGACCUCGAUUUCAAGAAUUGGUCAUACAAAGGCACCGUCAGGAUCGAUGGCGAGAUCAUCAAGCCCACAAGAGAGAUCGUGCUGAACACGCUGGAGCUCACGCUGUACCACUCCAAGCUCGUCGUCAGCCAGGGUAAGAGUAACCAGUCAUGGGAGUCGACCACCUUCGCCGAGGACAGCAAGUCGCAGCGGUCCACCAUUACGUUCCCCGAGGAGCUGCCCGCGUCGGUCAAGGCGUCGCUGACCAUCGACUUCACGGGCCUGCUGAACCAUGAUAUGGCUGGCUUCUACCGCAGUCAGUACAAGCCGGCAGCCCCGGCGGCUCCGAGCGUGCCCCGCGAUGAUGACUUCCACUAUAUGCUCAGCACCCAGUUCGAGUCGUGUGAUGCCAGGCGUGCGUUCCCCUGCUUCGACGAGCCGAACCUCAAGGCCACCUUUGACUUUGCCAUCGAGAUCCCCGAUGACCAGGUCGCCCUGUCCAACAUGCCCGAGAAGGAGAUCAAGCAGCUCGGCGGCGGCAAGAAGCUGGUGUCCUUUGAGCGCAGCCCGGUCAUGAGCACGUACCUGCUGGCGUGGGCCGUCGGGGACUUCGAGUACGUCGAGGCGUUUACCGACCGCGAGUACAACGGCAAGAAGCUGCCCGUGCGCGUGUACACGACGCGCGGGCUGCAGGAACAGGGCCGGUGGGCGCUGGAGCACGCGCCCAAGGUGAUCGACUAUUUCUCGGAGCAGUUCGAGAUCGACUACCCGCUGCCCAAGAGCGACAUCCUGGCCGUGCACGAGUUCACGCACGGAGCCAUGGAGAACUGGGGCUUGGUCACGUACCGGAUGACAGCUAUUCUCUUCGACGAGAAGCUGUCCGAGGCCAGGUUCCGGAACAGGAUCGCGUACGUGGUCGCGCACGAACUCGCGCACCAGUGGUUCGGCAACCUCGUCACCAUGGACUGGUGGGACGAGCUCUGGCUCAACGAGGGCUUCGCCACGUGGGCUGGCUGGCUGGCGGUCGACUACCUGCACCCGGAGUGGGAGGUCUGGCCGCAGUUCAUCAACGAGGGCAUGAGCCAGGCGCUCGCGCUGGACGGCGUGCGCUCGUCUCACCCGAUCCAGGUCGAGGUCCGCGACGCGCUCGACGUCAACCAGAUCUUCGACAAGAUCAGCUACCUGAAGGGCUGCUCCAUGAUCCGCAUGCUCGCGUCCACGCUCGGCAUCCAGACGUUCCUGAAGGGCAUCGCCAUCUACCUGAAGAAGCACGCCUACGGCAACGCCAAGACGGAAGCGCUGUGGGCCGCCCUGAGCGAGGCAUCCGGCGUCGAUGUCAGCAGCAUGAUGCAGCCGUGGAUCGAGAAGGUGGGCUUUCCCGUGCUCACCGUCACCGAGGGCAAGCAGCAGAUCUCGGUCAAGCAGUCUCGCUUCCUCUCCACGGGAGACGUCAAGCCCGCCGAAGACCAGACCACCUGGUGGGUGCCGCUCGCUCUCCGGGGCAAGAUUGGCUCCCAGGGCGUCGAACCCCUUACUCUCACCGCCAAGGAGUCGACCUUUGACGGAAUCAGCGAGGAGUUCUACCAGCUGAAUGCCAACGCGACCGGCUUCUACCGCGUCAACUACCCCGAGUCCAGGAUGAAGCUGCUAGGCACCCAGCUGCAGCACCUCACCACCGAGGACAAGAUCUUUAUCACCGGCUCCGCUGCCGACCUCGCGUUCUCGGGAUAUGCCACGACCGGUGCACUCCUGUCGUUCAUCCAGGGCCUGAAGAGCGAGACGCACUACCGCGUGCUGAGCCAGGCGCUGGAUUCGAUCGCCACGCUCAAGUCCAUCUUUGGCGACGACGAGCAGGUCAAGAAGGGAUUGGAGAAGUUCACGCUCGAGUUGAUCGACAAGGCGCUGAAGCAGGUCGGCUGGGAGGGCCCCAAGGAUGAGGACCUCAACACCAACCUGCUGCGGAAGCGGCUGUUGCUGACCGCCGUGGCGAACUCGCAUGAGGGAGUCAGCGCCGCCGCCUUCCAGCGCUGGUCCGCUUACCAGGCCAACCCAGCCUCCGCGCCCAUCGCCGCCGACCUGCGCGCCCCGGUAUACCGCGCCGCCAUCCUAAAGGACCCCUCCAGCACGGUCGCCGCCCUGAAGCACGAGUGGUUCACGACGCCGGCCAUCGACGGCAAGGAGAUCUGCCUGCAGGCGCUGGGCCACACCCCGGACGAGGCCGUCAUCAGGGACGUCCUGCUGCCCUUCCUCUUCAACACCGCCCCGCCGUCCGACUCGGUGCCGCCCGCCGACAUGCACAUCCUGGCUGGCGUGCUGGCCGCCAACCGCGUGGCGCGCCCGCUGCUGUGGGCCUACCUGCGCGACCACUGGGACCGCUUCGGCGCCAAGCUGGGCGGCAACCCGAUCCUGGUGGACCGCAUGGUCAAUGUCAGCUUGCCCUUGUUCACGGACACGCAGAGCCUCGACGAGAUCGAGCGCUUCUUUGCCGGGGUCGACACCAAGGCGUUCGACCGCACCCUGGAGCAGGUCAAGGACAAGAUCCGCGGGCGGGCGGCGUAUAAGGCGAGGGAUGUAAAGCAGGUCAGGGAGUGGUUGGUUGCGAACGGGUAUGCGUAGAUGCUGUGCGUAUGUAUUUACUACCUUAGUACUCAUCAGUAUAAGACAUCUCGCUCCGCGCUGCCAUGUUCCGGGGCUAUUCUACGUGUCGAUCCUGCUCUGAGUCUCCCAAGGGAACAGUGACUUACGGCUCCCCUUUCAAUCCUUGACCCCCGCAUCGUGCGAGAAUACAUAGCGUCCUCACAACCCGGGAAUCUCGCAGCGGAGGUUUCCUGAUCGGAUCCCGUCGGACGAAGAUAUUUAUAAUAACAAAAUAGCUAACGUAGGUGUAUAGCGAAAGUUACAUACAUGCGAAAGUUACACUAAACUACACCCUCUCAACUAAAUCUGUAUUAAUUCCACCUAACCACCUCAAAACAAAUGAAGCUACUCGGAAUCGUCUUCCUCCGACAUUUCUACAACUAUCUGACAGGUACGCGCAUUGUGGCCUGGUUCACCGCAGUUGCUACAACGCCGCGCACGCGUCUCAAUCCUCGGCUUCCGACCACUACCCG